UGACCAGGCCAGGGCCAGACCUGGCCUAGAUAAAAUUACAUUUUCACAAACCUGGCAAUUUUAGACUUUUGUCAGAAUUACUAAUUGGGUGACUUAUAAUGCAAAUUACAGCUUAUUUUAUCUUAGAAACAUAAUUUGUUGGUAUUUUGUUGUUUUGUUUAUUCCUCCAUUUUGUUUCUACCUUCUUUAUUUUAGGCUGUUUUUAUAUUACCAUAAAUAUGUGUUAAAAUACACUUUUAAACAGAAUUUUGUUUUCAUAUUAACUUGUUAAUCAGAAAAUUAUGAAACUUCACUGUUAACAGUGUUUUUUAGAUACUAUAUGAAUAAGACAACAUGCUCCCCCUCACACAUCAUGACCAGCUCAAAGGUGACGAUUUCAAGCCUGGUAUAAAAAUUGCAUCAAGGCUGGCGGGAUGGUUAAAAUCAAUACUGCAGGAUAAGACAUCAAGAAACAUAUUUUGCUUCCUGUUACUGAAUUUAGUUUUUGCCUUUUUGGAAUUAUUUUAUGGAAUUUGGACAAACAGUUUGGGUUUGAUUUCAGAUUCUUUUCAUAUGUUCUUUGACUGCACUGCAUUACUCACUGGUCUUAUUGCUACUGUUAUUUCUAAAUGGGGUAGAAAUGAAAGAUAUUCGUUUGGAUAUGUUCGGGCAGAGAUUAUGGCUGGCUUCAUGAAUGCAUUGUUUUUAAUGUUUGUCGCCUUCUUUAUAUUCUCAGAAGCUGUUGAGCGUGCUUUUCAUCCUCCACAUGUUGAACAUGAGAGAUUAUUUGUCAUAUCCGUACUGGGUUUCAUAGUGAAUUUAAUUGGUAUUUUUGUGUUUGGCCAUGGACAUGGUGAUGGAGAUCAUGGACAUUCCCAUGCUGGCUUAUCACAUGGUCAUUCCCAUGGUGGAGGCAGCCAUGGCCAUUCCCACGCUAAUCAGGUGAAAAGUCUGUUAAAAGAUGAAUUUCAAAACGACGAUUUUCAUAACGAUUUUCACCACAAAAAAAAAAUUGACCAUGGUGGACAUGGACAUGACCAUGGUGGACAUGGUCACAGUCAUGGUGGGUCUGGCCAUGGACACUCCCAUGGUAUUCAUGAUUCAUCUGGAAAUAUACAAGUAUCUGACAAACAAAUUAUGCAAGGUGUAUUCCUGCAUAUCUUAGCCGACACUCUUGGUAGUGUAGGCGUGAUCAUUUCGUCUCUGUUAAUCAAAUAUUUCGGAUUCAUGAUGGCGGAUCCACUGUGUUCAAUGUUGAUAUCCAUCCUCAUAUCUUUAAGUAUCUGGCCAUUAUUACUUGACUCGAUGUCUAUUUUAAUGCAAAGAACACCAAAAGAAAUUGAAUAUGAACUUCCAAUAACUUACCAAAGGGUGAGUCAAAUAGAAGGUGUGUACAGUGUACAAGAUCCUCACUUUUGGACGCUAUGCAGUAAAAACUAUGUUGGAAAUAUUCGUUUACUAAUUGCACCGCAAGCUGAUGCAUCAUCCAUACUAAGUCAAACACAUGGUAUAUUUAACCAGAUUGGUGUCAAGCAACUUUAUGUACAAAUUGAAAGAACUUAUUAAAAUUCACCGUGGGAUUAAUUGUUAGGAUUUUUGAACAGAUUUACACAGCAUUUUUUUUCGUAUUAAUUCUUUUCAGAAUAACGCAACUACACUA